UUACAAGGUGCCGGGUGCAUGCGCAAUAGAAAAUAGUUCGACACUCAGUCCUCGCUGGUCGCAUACCGCAAAGCUUAACACAUUUUGGGAGGCUAUAUUUACGUACAACUAAGAUCAUUUUGCGGGCUACGCACGUGUCAGUUUUCUUAAUUCUUGUGUACACCUGGAGUCGGCUAAGAAAGCAGCGCCUGUACAUGGCAAGUCAACAACCCGAGCACGCAGGCGUCGUGUUCCAUUCGGGAGACGUUACGUGCGCGUGUGUGCGUGUUUUCGUGCGUUUUCUCGUGAGUGCAAGCGAUCAAAUCCGUGACUUUCGAGUGCGAUUACUUUUCUAACCAGCGUUACACGACGCUGGCACUACGACAGAUGCGGCCGGGCACAUCGUAAGGCGCUGCCGCGGCGAAGUCUCAUGCUUUUGCGGUCCGCUGCUGUUGCUACUGCUGCUGAUAGCGUCGUGUGACGGUGCUCUUUGCCAUCAUCGGCUUGAUGAGCGACAAUCAGGAUCUGAGCUUUGCCGUCGGCGCUGUGAACGCUGUGGGCGCCGUGAGACCAACCGAAUCCCUGAUGGCGGUGUCGGGUACGAACGGUGGACUGGAUGCUCCGAACGUGUGCCGAGACUUCCUACGCAAGGUGUGUCACCGAGGCAGCCGCUGCAAGUUUGUGCAUCCUGAGGGAAUAGACAACGAUGACAUCCGUGGCACCAUGGAGCCAGUGUUCUGCCACGAUUUCCAGAACUCCGAGUGUCUGCGACCAAACUGCAAAUUUCUUCACUGCACUCGUCAGGAGGAAGAACUGUUCCGCACAACAGGGCGCUUGCCACCAUCGGCUGGGGGCGUGUCAGAGCCGCCACAGGUGGUCGGCUUGAUCCCGCCCGUUUGCAAGGAUUUCCUGAAAGGAGACUGCCGCCGUGCAGGCCGCUGCAAGUUCCGGCACCUAGGUGAGGAGGAGCCCGAAGCCAAGCGACGGGCCUUGGACGAUGAGAUGGGCUAUCGGGUGCUGCAGCAAGAGAAUGCCAUCCUACGCCGCAAGGUGGAUGACUUGAAGAAGCAAGUGGCUGACCUGAUGGCCACCAACGAGUUCCUGCUGGAUCAGAACGCAGCAUUGCGGCUGAGCAAGCAGUCGCCCGCUGGCACUCAGCCACUUGGCGUGAUUCCCACGGCGGCUGCGUUAGGGCCCGUGACACCGUUGGGUGGCACAGCCGACCUGACUUCCACACCGCAGAGCAUGACACCCAUGAUGCCUGUGGUGCCAGUGUCGAUAUCGUCCAGCCUGCCAGCUUCUCUUUCACAGAGCCUCGCGCAAACCAUAAUCACCAUGAGCAGCCCGUCUGCACCCCUGGUUUCAUACCCUGUCAUGACUCAAAGCCUGCGCCCAGUCAUUGCUCACCGCAUGACUCAUUAGGCCCGCCCCAAGUGACGGCCCAUGUUCCCGAUCUCUUUUGCACAGUCUGGAUUGUGUGACGGGCGCACCUCUUGGUCGAGGCAAGGGCCGAGUGUUCUUGCCAAACGCCUCUGCCUAAUUCCGAGGCGUUGUCUUGUUGGUAUGGACAUAUUCUGCUGCCGCAUGGCAGGUGUAUUUGAUGCUGGUAGUCUUACUGCUGUGUUGGCCCCGACACAAAAAUCCGGACGGGUGAUACAGAGGUCAUUUCUCUACUCCACCUACAUUCACUUUCCCCUCUCCGAGUUUCUGUGGAUAAAAGCCAUUCCUUCCCAGAUUUUGCGGUGUGAACUCGGAUUUCAACUCACCAGCUCUCCUGCUGCCAUUGUUGUGUCUGAUGCCAAGGGGGAAGCUGUAUCAUGAAUGAUUUUAGACGUGGUGCAAAUGUUGUGAGCUGGUGGCUUGGAAGGAAACCAGAUGCAGUCUUGUCCUGGUUGGGGAAAAAAAAAAUGAUUGCCAGCAUUGUAAAUUUUGGGCGAUUGUCAGAGCCAAACUGUUUAUUUUACAAAUGGAUUUUUUUUGUCGUUAGGCAUGAUGUAUUCUUGGCUUUUGGUCUGGUACAACAUAUAUUAAGUGGGCGUAUUUAGUUUUGUCACGUCAUGUUGGCUGUUGCAAAUUGUGGUACAAUCACUAACACGCAUUAUUGCAGCUGGUUUCAUCAUGCAUGCUACUCUUCAUUCUUUCAUACUUUUUUUUUUUCUCAUGCUUCAUACUGGCCACAACAAACCACUAGAGCAACCAUCUCUACAGGGGUGCACCUUCAUUAAAUUGUUUGAUAUAUUAUACCUUUUUGUACAUUCACAAAUGAAAUAGAAUUGUGCUUUCUUUGGUGCUGUAGUGUCCCAUUGCACUUCUUUUGCUUUAAUCUUUUUUCAUUCAUGCAUUAUGUAGUCUCUUGAACCACCUUGCUUACGUGUUUUGGUAUUCUUGCCCACGCAAUGCCUUAUCGCAGUCGUUACACAGUUUAUUGAUGUGAGGGGAGCACUGUUUGAAAAAGAAAAGUUUGCAGACCGCAUAUCGGUAGACCGAAUUGCAUUUAGCUUCUCAGUGGCUCCCUAUUUCAGGUGAGGUGCGGUGUGUUCAAUCUGCACUUCGACCUUUAGACAGGGGUGCCCACCUGGCGACUUUUUUUCCCACUGAAGAUAACAGCAAAAGUGCGAAUUUUGCUUGUUUUAAUAUAAAGUGAAAUUGCAAAUAUUGUUUAUCAAGCAGUGGGCACUACAAAAGCUUACAAAUGUUUUGGCCUUGUUGUUUUUCAUGUGCGGUGUGCAUAUUCACACAGCGUGCAACACAGGCUUCGUGUGAAGGCACAGAGUGGACACAAUGCAGUAGGUAGUUCUCAAACCAGUGUACCGUGUCACUACAGUUCGAUCAACGCUCAAAAUCAUUCACUACUUCUAUCGGUGGAAGCUGUGAACCUGUUACAAUGCCGUAUUUUCUUUUUUUUUCUUUACAAAAGUAGGCGUGUCGUAGUUAGAGAAAGUGCUGCGAAAUGGUGCUUUGGCAAGCCGUACUUACCGUAGUGGAUUGUGUUGGCAACCUGUAAUUCAGGCAGCUGGUUGCCUUUGCUAUCUCGGGGAUUGCUUGCAUGUUUAGCGAAUCUUUCACGUUGUGUCCUGCGAAUUUCUGUGCUUCCGGAGUCUGCUUCGCCACUAUACAUAACAGGUUGUACUACAGCAUGCGUGAGCAAAUUGUGAUUGAAGCCUACUGUUUAGUAUGGCUCACUUGCCCCUGAAUUGUUUUGGAAUUCGAUAAUGCCGGUGCCAAACGUUGCUACAUCUGACACCACUUUUAACAGUGAUUACUUGUAGUUUUAGCUCUGGAUAGAUGCUAGAUCACCACUUGAAGAUGAUUGUGUUGACUGCUGGCUGGCAAGACUUUGACUCCUUGACUUGGUGGGCAGUGUCAUUGCUGUGCAGUGAAAGUACAGUAGAACGCUGUCAUUAUAUUUUCAGGCUUUUUUUUCCCCUUUCAGUCUCUCUGAAUAUUGAAAAAUACCCCCUGUAGACUUGCACUAUAGCUGCACCCUCACCUUUGAACAAAGAAUUUUUGCCAGCAAGCAUGUCUAGGUUUGAUUAAUUUCUGAGCUGCACUUGAAAAUUUUAGACAAGGCUCGGUCUUUUUGUAAAUAACAUGCAGCAUGUCUAACUUGGCUGCAUCAAGCCAUAGACGCAGUAGUGUGUGAGUAUGUUUCACGUUUGCCCGUGUCGAAAUUUCGUACAAACUCACCUGAAAGAAUAUGGUACUGUGAUUUGUCUGGCAUCCUUCGAAGUAGUAAAUGCUACAGCCUUUGAAUUGGAAUUUGUUGGCUUGUGUAUUGACUUGAGAAUUGCUUUCUUCAGAAUAGUAGUUGGUCCUGAAUAUAGUAUAUUGCUUUGCUCGCUGCAUUGUUAAAAAAAAAAGUGCUUUUUAUAGGUUUCAGUGUACAUUUCCGUGCACUUCGUCUUUCUGAUGCAGCUGCAGUGUGAAUGAGAGCAACUAGGCUUGUGUGAAUAUUCGAAUGAAUACUAAUGGAUUCAAAUUAUUUUCAAUUCGAAUUUAAAUUAUCGGAUAUUUCAAGGUGUUCAAAAUAAA